AUGAGCCUCCGUCUGCCUCUCCGGAGUGGGGGCAAAUUCGCCACCAUCAUCAGCGCCUACGCUCCGCCGAUGACCAGCCCCGACGCCGUCAAAGACAAAUUCUACGAGGACCUGCACGCCCUCUUGGCGACUGUGUCGAAGGCGGACAAGUUGAUUGUCCUUGGCGACUUCAACGCCCGCGUCGGCACAGACCAUACUGCCUGGAGAGGAGUGCUGGGUCCUCACGGUCUCCACGGCUCCAACGACAACGGCCUGCUUCUCCUCCGCACCUGCGCAGAACACCGCCUCAUCCUGACAAACACCUUCUUCUGUCUGCCGGAGCGAGAGAAGGCCACCUGGAGGCAUCCUCGGUCGCGUCAGUGGCACCUGCUCGACUAUGUCCUCGUCCGAAGGCGUGACCAGCGGGACGUGCUGGUGACGAAGGCGAUCGCGGGUGCUGACGGGUGGACCGACCAUCGCCUCGUCAUCUCGAAGAUGCGUAUUCGCCUACAGCCUCGCAGGAGACCUCAAGGUAAGCGACACCCAGGUAAGCUGAAUGUUGCUUUGUUGUCUUUGCCUGCUCACCGUCUCCAUUUCAGCAAUGAGCUAGCUCAAUGGCUAGACAACCUUCCUAUCUCUGCCGACGCCGCCGCUGCCGAGAACGCCUCCGUGGAAAACCGCUGGUGUCAACUGCGAGACACGGUCCAGUCGACGGCGCUCGCCGUCCUCGGUCGCGCUCCCCGCCAACACCAGGACUGGUUCGACGACAACGACGCCGCCAUCAGAAAUCUGCUUGCUGAGAAGAACCGCCUACACAAAGCCUACGUAGAUCACCCCACUGAGGACAACAAAGCUGCCUUCUACCGCAGUCGCCGACAGCUCCAGCAACGACUGCGCGAGAUGCAGGACGCCUGGACUGCUCGCAAGGCUGAGGAGAUCCAAGGUUACGCGGAUCGGAACGAAUGGAAGAACUUCUUCUCCGCGAUCAAAGCUGUCUACGGUCCGCCAACGAAGGGCACUGCUCCUCUCCUCAGCGCCGACGGCAGCACUCUCCUGACUGAGAAGACGCAAAUCCUACAGCGAUGGGCCGAGCACUUCCGAGGCUUCCUCAACCGCCCUUCCGUCAUCUCCGACGCCGCCAUCGCCCGCUUGCCGCAAGUGGCGACCAACGUGGACCUCGACCUCCCGCCAUCUCUCCAGGAAACCAUCAGGGCCGUGCAGCAACUCUCCAGCGGGAAAGCACCCGGAUCGGACGCAAUCCCUGCUGAGGUCUACAAGCACGGAGGUCCCCAACUGAUGGAUCACCUGACUGCGCUCUUUCAGGAGAUGUGGCGUCAAGGUAAACUCCCGCAAGAUUUAAAGGACGCAACCAUCGUGCACCUAUACAAACGAAAAGGGAAUCGCCUAGUCUGCGACAACCACCGCGGCAUCUCCCUACUGAACAUCGCCGGGAAGAUCUUCGCUCGCAUCCUGCUCAACCGCCUCAACAACCAUCUGGAACAGGGCCUUCUGCCGGAAAACCAAUGCGGCUUCCGUCGUCAUCGUGGGACCACGGAUAUGAUCUUCGCCGCCCGCCAACUUCAGGAGAAGUGCCAGGAGAUGCGGACCCAUCUGUACUCUACGUUCGUGGACCUGACGAAAGCCUUCGACACGGUGAAUCGUGAAGGACUGUGGAAGAGCAUGCAGAAAUUCGUCUGUCCGGAACGAUUCACUCAGAUGGUGCGUCAGCUGCACGACGGUAUGAUGGCGCGAGUCACGGACAACGGAGCUGUCUCAGAGGCAUUUGCAGUGACCAACGGAGUGAAGCAGGGCUGUGUGCUGGCGCCUACCCUCUUCAGUCUCAUGUUCUCUGCCAUGCUGAUGGACGCCUACUGUGACGAACGCCCUGGAAUCCGCAUCGCCUACAGAACGGACGGUCAUCUCCUGAAUCACCGUCGCAUGAACUUCCAAUCGCGUGUAUCCACAGCCACCGUGCACGAACUCCUCUUCGCCGACGACUGCGCCCUGAACACCACCUCCGAAGCGGAGAUGCAACGCAGCAUGGACUUAUUCGCCGCCGCCUGCGAGAACUUUGGGCUGGUUUUCAACACGCAGAAGACGGUGGUGAUGCAUCAACCGACACCCAACUCAGUCACAGCCCCCAACGCGCCGCCGCAAAUCAACGUAAAUGGGACUCAACUGCAAGUGGUAGAGAACUUCCCAUAUCUGGGCAGUACCCUCUCCCGCAACACCAAGAUCGACGACGAAGUCGCCAACAGGAUCUCGAAAGCCAGUCAAGCCUUCGGUCGCCUCCAAAGCACAGUUUGGAAUCGUCAUGGUCUCCAACUGAGCACAAAGCUGCAGAUGUACAAGGCCGUCAUCCUGCCGACGCUACUGUAUGGAGCGGAGACUUGGACGGUGUACACGAGGCAGGCACGUCGACUAAACCACUUCCACCUCAGCUGUCUCCUCCGCAUCCUGAGGCUGAACUGGCAGGAUCGAAUCCCCGACACGGAAGUACUGGAACGAACGGGAAUCCUCAGCAUCUACGCCAUACUGAGACAAAUGCAGCUGCGCUGGAGCGGCCACCUGGUGCGCAUGGACGACGAGCGACUACCCAAACGACUCUUCUACGGAGACGUCGCGACGGGUUCUCGUCGUCAAGGAGGCCAGAUUCGCCGUUACAAGGAUACUCUGAAGUCCUCCCUGAAGCGCCUGCAAAUCAACCCGACCAACUGGGAAGAGCUCGCUCGCGAUCGCCCGACAUGGAGGAGAACAGUGAAUACGGGCGCUGCUAUCUGUGAAGCCAACCGCAUCGCCGCCGCCAAAGUGAAACUCGAUGCCCGCAAAUCACAAGUUCGCCCAGUCCGCAACGCCGCCGCACAACCUCUCCCUACGUGUCCUCGAUGCCACCGGACAUUCCGGGCACGAAUCGGACUCGUUGGACAUCUUCGGAUCAACUGCACCUCUCGAACUGCUCCAGCCAUCGUCCCCCCGCCCGCCUCUUCCUCCUCCCGUCCGCCAACUAACUCUGACACUCCGUCUGCACCACCACUUCCAUCCUCCUCCUUCUCCUCCACUGCCCCAGCGGUGGCCGUUCAGGCUGCCGUCUCACACAUCGCCAACCACGACACAGCAACCGCAACCACCCCCACCCCUCCCGAUUCCAGUGAUGAGGAUCAGGACUACACCUGCCCUCACUGUGACCGCACCUUCACCUCACACAUCGGCCUGGUCGGUCACUUGCGAAUCCAUCGCACAGAGACUGGCGAACCAGUGCCUGGAGCACCAACCUACACCCACCGCACUCGUCUCCACUGCCCACAAUGCCCUCGUACCUUCACUCAUCGCAUGGGUCUAUUCGGCCACAUGCGCAUCCACGAGAGCGGAAUUGACCGCAGCCUUGACACACCCAUCCCACCGAGCCCCACUCCAAAUCCACCACCUUGUGCACCCACUAACCACUCCCCAGCCGACAUCGACGCCACCGACCUUACCACCCCUCACUCCUCCCCUUCCUCCUCCUCUUCCUCCUUCACUGCCACAACGACGGCCGCUUCGGCGUCUGUCGCCCACGACCUCACCACAGCCGAACCUGACACAACAACAGGCACAACCCCUGCAACCUCCAUCAUCAGACGUGAGGGCAAGGACUACAUCUGCCCUCACUGCGACCGCAUCUUCACUUCACGCAUUGGCCUGGUCGGUCACUUGCGAAUCCAUCGCACAGAGACUGGCGAACCAGUGCCUGGAGCACCAACCUACACCCACCGCACUCGCCUCCACUGCCCACACUGCCCUCGCACCUUCACGCAUCGCAUGCGUCUAUUCGGCCACAUGCGCAUCCACGACGACCUGCGGUAG